AUGUUGUCACCGGGGGAUCAAGGUCCUCACCCUCGACGCUUGCUUUUGCCGAGAGUGAAGAAAUCCCUCCAAGAGGACGCGUCGAAGCAAAGCCCAGCAACAGGGUACGAGUACAAACCCAGGGCUGGAAAACCCAAAGUGCGCACCGGUUGUUUCGUCUGCAAAAUCCGUCGUGUAAAAUGCGAUGAGGGGAAACCAGAGUGUGCGAAAUGCACCUCGACAGGACGAAAAUGCGAAGGCUACGCGGUAAAGAGCACAAAGUCAAGACCCGACCUACCAAGUAAGACGACAUCUACGCCUCAACCGGAAGUCUCGCCAUCCCUAGCAAUUCAAUCAAACCCCAGCAGUCCCAGCGACAUGCGAUUCAUUCAUGUCUUUUGCUUGAUAUCAGGAAACGACUUUUCUCAGCACUUCCAGCUGGCUAGUUGGACACAGACUGUCCUUCAAAGUGCACACGCCUAUCCAACCGUUCGGUGUUCUCUGAAUGCCGUGAGCUCUCUCUACGAAGUUUACUUGCGCAACGAACACAAGUCACACAAGUCGCAGGCCAUACUGGACACUCAAACAAGCCAACUUGCUCUAGCAGAGUACACCAAGGCUGUCAACGUUCUUUCCAAAGAUCUAAUGGCGAAUCGCCUUCCGUGCCAACCAGUGUUAAUCUGCUGUCUUUUGUUUGUGUGGUUAGAAUUCCUACGGAAUGACUUUAUCACCGCCUUGAGACACCUCAAGAGUGGACUAUCAAUUUUGGAAGGCAUUCACAAUUCGUCAUCUCCAUCAAACACACCCCCAUUCGGCGAUAUAGAUGAUUCUAUUCUCUACAUCUUCACCCGCCUACAACUACAAGCCACCAUUCAUGGUUGCCCAUCAUCAGACUUCAAUUUGGUCGCUUUAAAAUGUCCGCUAGAAGCCACCAUAGGACCUGUCCCUCCUCUCUUUUUGACUUUGGUAGACGCUCGCCGGUGUUUGGAUAUGAAAUUGAUAUCCACGACACAGUUCAUCCGGCGUAAACAAAAUUUUGAACGUCAACAUGGCCCUGACGCACCACUCUCCCUUGAGUGGGCAGAGAUGCUCUUAAGUCGCGAUUUGUACCUUUCAGAGUUUGAGCAGUGGCAGAAUGCGCUGCAAAAUAGCCCAAAUCUGAUGACAGACGGGAGUAUCUCAGAGCCAGGUGUUCUUUCCCUCAAGGUGGACCACCGCAUGGCGGUAAUGAUGAUGAAAAUGUUGUUCGCAGAGACGGAAAUGGCCUAUGACAAUUGCAACAACGAUUUCAGGUGCUUACUCACCUUGUCUGAGCAACUGCUUCACCAUUCCGCCCGGGAUACAACCUUGCCAACGCUGUCAUUGGACUCGGCCGUUAUCCCUAGCCUCUUUUACAUCACUUUGAAAUGUCGCGAGCCAAAUAUCCGUCAUCGCGCUAUGCUCUUACUGGGGACGGCGCCUGAACGCGAGGGAAUAUGGCAUCGUGAUACAAUGUUUGCCGCGGCUGCAUGGAAGAUCGCCAUGGAGGAAUCAUGUAAUGUCGAAUCGGUAGGAGGAAGUAUAUCCACGAAGCCGAUAAGGAUAUACCGAGAGAUGGUCACAGAUGCAACAAGUGAAAACGAGAUAGCUACUGUGCGCUUCUCUGGUGGGCCCGAAGGAAGUUGUAACGUUUUGUGGGAAAUAAACGGCCUUCUUUCCCAGUUAGGUGACUUUUUAUGA